UGAGCCAAUAAAUUGGUAAAUACCAGUCAUUGUCUUUGACCACAGGCUGUAGAGGAGAGACAUGUGCCUCUGAUAAUGGAGAUAAAAGACUCGGGCAGUGUGGUUCUGACAGCCUACCAUUCCUACACUCCUUCCAGGAUACCGGUCAUGGAAAAGAGCUUCACCCCAGAGAUUUCAGCCAGCCAUCCUCUCAGCAGAAAAUCUCUCCCUCGUUGUCGAAGAAUUAACAGAAUGUUAUCGAAUGAAUCCCUCCAUCCCCCUGGGUUCAGUCGCUCCAACUCACAGGCCUCUGUGGACAGCACUUCCAUGGAGGACUUCUGGUGUGAAGUAGAAAGCAUCAAAGAGAACAGUGAGGAAGGGCAAGAUGAACAAACACUAAUUGAUAUCAAGCCGGCUGAUGAAGGGGAACUUGAAGCGGAGUGGUUACAAGAUGUGGGUUUAUCAACACUGAUAUCGGGAGCACAAGAGGAAGAUGGAGCAGCUUUGCUCUCUACCUUGACUCGGACCCAGGCAGCUGCCGUACAGAAGCGGUACAAUACCUACACUCAAACCAUGAGAAAAAAGAACAAACAUUCAGUCCGGGAUGUGAGGGAUAUCUUUGGAGUCAAUGAGUCUUCGCCUACAAUUGAUACAGUACCAGUACCCCUAGUUUCCUCCAAUGGUUUGCAGGGGCCAGGGAAGAAGCCUAUUUGGAAAGCAGUGAACUCCAAUAGUUGUCUUGACUUUGGGCUAGAAAAGGACACCCCGUCAAUAGCCGAAGAACUUUCGUUUGAGCUCUCUUUCUCAGAAUGCAUCACAGAAGUUCCUAAGGAAAAAGAAAGUCAGAAAAUCCAGAAGUUUAAAAAAGAAGAUUCUUCUUUAACUAAAUUUAUUGUUCGGAAAAGCAGAUUUGGAUUGAGCGAAGUGGAGGAUCUGUCAGUCGAAGACUUGAAGAAGAUCCGCUAUCUCUCUCUCAUUGAACUGACCGCCUUCUAUGAUGCCCUGGGGAUCGAACUAAAGAGGAACCGGAUUGAGAAAGUGAAAGGACGCGAGAAUGGUCUUUUUGGAGUGCCGCUUACAGUCCUGCUGGAAAAUGAUCAGAAGAAGGCACCUGGAACAAAAGUUCCUCUUAUCUUUCAAAAACUCUUACAGAAGCUUGAGGAAACAGGGUUGGAAACUGAAGGAAUUCUUCGAGUCCCAGGAUCUGCCUCCAGAGUCAAGAAUCUCCGCCAAGAGCUGGAAACCAAAUUCUACGAUGAUGCAUUUGACUGGCAUCAGGUGCGCAACAAUGAUGCGGCGGGCCUGCUCAAGAUGUUUAUCAGAGACCUCCCCAGCCUGCUCUUCACUGUGGAAUAUCUGCCAGCCUUCAUCGCUCUGGUGGAAAGAAUCUCCAAGAUUAAAUUGCAGCUCCAAGCUCUGCAUCUGCUAAUCAUGUUACUGCCUGAUGCCAACAGAGACACAGCCAAGGCUUUCUUGACAUUCCUCAAGAAAGUGAUUGCAAACGAAGGGAAAAACAAAAUGAGCCUGUGGAAUGUUUCCAUGAUUGUGGCCCCAAAUCUCUUCAUCUACAAAGGCAAGCGCUCCAACCAAGAAGAAAUGCAGGUGGCCGCAACAACAGCCCAUAUUGUUCGACUUCUGAUUCGCUACCAGGAUAUCUUGUGGACUGUUCCAGCCUUCCUGAUUUCUCAGGUGAGAAAGAUGAACGAGGCAGCCAUAAACAAUACCAAGAAGCAGCUGAUGUUUGACAAGAGUGUAAGAAAACUCCUGAGAAGGAAGACAAUGGAUCGAGAGAGGCCUGAAAGGCCAGAGUCCGACAUACCAGAGGGAGUCAUAAGAGUUUAUGCUCCACUUCAUUCGAAAGUGUCUAUGGCCAUUCAGCUCAACAGUCAGACCAAAGCCAAAGAUAUCCUGGCUCGAUUUCACUGUGAAAACAGCCAUGGAUCACCAAGUAGCAUUAAAGUCCAGAGCCAGAGUUUAUAUGAAAUUGGAGGCAAUAUCGGUCAGCACUGUUUGGACCCAGACGCCUAUAUGUUGGAUGUGUAUCAUGCCAAUCCACAAGCGGAAUGGGUGAUAAAACCAAAAACAAGCUGAAGCUUCCAAAGAGGCCUUUAUUUCCGCUGAACAGAAAGACUGUGCUGGUGUUUUCCAGACUUGUCAGGAAGUUCUGAACGUGAUGGAAACUGACACGGGUCCUUCUGACCACAUCUGUGUUGCCCAUCCUCCUCUCCUCUAAAAAAUUUCCAAAAGCUGGCAAGUGAUUGACAGCUGUCACCAUUCCCCCAGUGAACCUUUAGGGAAUGACAGCCAGUGGGGCCCCUCAAGUCUGAGAAUCCUCGUGCCAGUGGUUGGAAAAGAGGGCUGAGGAGACUGUGUUAAACCGUGGUUACCCUGUGGAUGAACAUGCCAAUCUACAGAAACAAGGGUUCUUCAUCUUUGGCGGGAUCUGGACUUAAGACUGAAGUGAACCCUUACUCCCUCUUGUGAAAAGAAAUUCCCUGCCUGUAGCAAACACUACCAGCUCCAAGAGAUUAUUGGGGUGGUGCUAGAAUGAGGAAGCCAGUCCCUUCCUCUUAAAAGAUGGGCUUUCCUUUACAGGUUGUUAAAGAUGCCAAAAGUGGUUGUGGGGCAAAAAAAUCAGAGUUUCUUCCUUGAAAGGAAACUAGGUGAACGUAAGAUGAACACUAUUUAUGCUUUAGACCCACUCCUCAUUACUAGGUGAUUCUGAGGGGAAAGAACUACUGUUCUUAGAAUCAUGUACUGUGUAUGUAUGUUGUACUGUAUCGCUAUUAUCGACACUCUGCUACCAAUGUGGAUAGUUCCAUAUCUAAACACUUGCAGAUCAACUUUAUAUUGGCUGCCUUACAAUCACCAAAGUUACUUUGACAAAGGAUGAGUUUCUCCAUCCUUUCAUUCUGUUUCUUUUAGACAACUGCUGCAGAUGGUAAAUGUUUUCCAAUCAUGAUUCCAUUUGCCGGAUAUGUUUCUUUGUGCCUGACAGCUGUUUUCUUUUCUCCCCUUCCAUGUCUUUUCCUAUUUCAGAGGGCAGUUGUUACAUACUUCUGCAGCCCUCGUUUCAAACGCGCUUUAACCAAAUGCUCACAAGCUCUGGAAAAGAGUUACAUCUGGAUCUUGUGAGAUGGAGGAGGCCAUAUAUUGGAUUUUGUUUAUCCAUCAUAGCUGGAGCCAAAUACUGUAGAUUAAAAUCAAGUUGUAAGGACUUAUGCAGGUUUCUUUCUCUGUGGAAAUCCUGAAUAUUCGUUUUCCAAACUCUGAAUCUGCCAAAGCAUGAGGUCAUUAAUAACCCUGGUUUGCGGAUGAAUGUUUUCAAUUAUAAUAUCAUUUGACAAUGCAAUAUAUGUUAGAUAAUUAUGCAGGCCUCCUUUCCCCAGAUAUCAGAAGACUGAGCUUUCUACCAUCUGCUGGAAAUGAUUGCAGUUUACAAAAUGGCAGUGGUGCAUUUUGGUAGAAACUACAUUAUUGUAAUUUCCAGGCAUGCAAGGUGAAAUGGAUCUUUGCAUUUGGGUCUUGAGAGCUUUGGUACAACACAGGCAAGAAGCAAGACUACAUUAGGCAAGGGAGAGAUGUUAUUGUUCUGAAUGUCUGCUUUAUAUUUCUCAUAUAUACAUAGGUCUAUUAUAUCUAUAUGAUCUUUAACUGCUAUAUAUGCCUACAUAGAGAGUGAGAGAGAGAGGGAGAAUGUUGUUUUUCAUACUCAAAAAUGAUACCCAAAUACACCUUUGAGUGAACAAGACUGACUAGCUGUCUUUAAUGUUUUUCACUCCCUUGGGCUGAAAAAGGGAUUACUUAAGUAGCACAGCCACUUUGGGAUGAAGCUUUGAGUCAAUGGUUUUGGAAAGUACUGGAACUGUUAGUGUGUUCUAUGUUGUACAUACAGUAUAAACUACCUCACUUUGCCAUAUUUACUCAGACAAAAAGCAUCCUGGAUUAAGAAUAGUUGGUGUUGCAAAAUGUUCUUGAAGUCUUAUUUAAAUCACCUGAUUUUGCUUUCGAUGUUCCUAGUUGAAUAAUGCACCAGUGCAAAAAAGCAAAAUUAAAUAUUGCCGUGAAUGUUGUGGUCUGCAGGAAUCUGUGCCGAAGACACAUGCUUGCAUUAUUCUUUUGUUUCUGGACUCAUUUGGAUGACUGGGAGGAUUCCCAGGAGUUCAAUUGUGGAGCAAAAUGUCCCACCUUUUCUUUCAGUCUUUCUUCAUUUAUUUUCCACAGUGGGUUGCUGAAUUGGAAAAUAUCACAAUGCCACUGAAACAAGCCAAGUAUUGGAAUAUUCCUCCCAUCCUCUAGGGAAAUGUUGAUAGCUCUGUUACAGUAACAGCUAUUGUAGGAACAAUAGCAGAUGUGUAAAGGUGAUUGUGUACACUGCAUUUUAACCAGGAAAAUAAACACAAAAAUCUAAAACAGAA